GUGAAGAAUACCUAAAACAAUUUUACUCAUUGAUCAACACUUUUCAUCCAUCAAUCAAACUAAAAAUGGAAUACUCAAACACAAACGUCAACUUCCUAGACACCACAUAUACAGGAAACCCACUGACAGAUGCAACUACCUCCACAGUUCUACACAAAACGUGCCAUCAUACACAGUCAGGCCAUUAGAUACCACCGAAUAUGUUCUGACCCAAGAGACAGAGAUAAACAUCUCGGGACACUAGCAGACUCCUUCCAAAAGAAAGGUUACAAGGACAAAACUAUCAACACCAGCAUAAACACAGCCUUGAGAACC